AUGGCUUCUUGGGUGGAUGUGCCGGAAGGCUGCGACUUUUCCUUGGUGAACCUUCCAUAUGGUAUUUUCAGCCUCAAAAACACCAGCAGCAGCAAGAACGGCGGCCUGAGACGCAUCUGCACCGCGAUUGGGGACUGCGUUCUCGACCUCAAGGGCCUUGCCCAGGAGGGACUUCUGGCCAGCCUCGGCUUUGAUGUCACCACGCUGGAGGCCGAGACACUGAACGCAUAUGCCGCUCUCGGACGCGCCGUCCACCGCCGCGUGCGUGAGUUUUUGCAGGACCUCCUCCGGGCUGACACCGUCCUGGGCGAGCAUCUGCGCGACCACGGUGACCGCCGCCAGCGGCUGCUCGUGCCUCUGGCCGACGUAACACUGCACUUGCCCAUGGAUGUGCGCAAUUAUACAGACUUUUUCGUCGGCAUCCACCACGCUCGAGCCGGUGGCCGCAUUUUCCGGCUCAGUUCGGCGCUGACGCCCAACUACGAGCACAUCCCACUGGCGUAUACCGGCCGGGCGAGCUCGGUCGUGGUGUCUGGAACAUCCUUCCACCGUCCCAACGGGCAGUACCUGGUCGACGGCAAGCCCGUGUUUGGGCCGUCACAAAGAGUCGACUUUGAGGUCGAGUUUGGCGCGUUGAUCGCCCAAGGAAACGCGCUCGGCGAGCCUGUCAGCGUACGGGAGGCCGAGGACCAUAUUUUUGGCUUCGUGAUGCUCAACGACUGGUCGUCACGCGAUAUCCAGCGCUGGGAGUCGCAGCCACUGGGGCCACUCAACGGCAAGAAUUUCUGCUCGACCAUAUCGCCAUGGGUGGUCACGCCGGAAGCCCUCGAGCCCUACAAGACGGAACCUGUGCUGACAAACAACCCGGUCCUGCCUUACCUUGACGAGAACAACCAAGGAGAGCGCUACCACGUGUCCACGUGCAACACGCGCAACGUCAUUUUCUCGUUUGCGCAGAUGAUCGCCCACCUGACCGCUGGUGGCUGCCCGAUGCAGACAGGCGAUUUGAUCGGCAGCGGCACGCUGUCUGGCACCUCGCUUGCGGAGGCGGGCUGUCUGCUCGAAGCCACGGAGGAUGGGCAGAACCCAAUCGUGGCCUAUGCAAUUAAUGACACCGCGGAAAAGGGUCAACCGUCCGAAAAGUCCAUUCAGCGCCUGUAUCUGGAGGAUGGGGACGAGGUGGUCUUCCAUGUCGGUGUGGAUGCACCGCAAAAGGCCGAUGCCAGGGGCAUCUCCGGCAGAGUGGGCUUUGGUGCAUGCAGGGGUACAGUUUUACCGGCGCGGAAGUAA